GCCUUGCUCCUACAACGCCUCGGCUGCAAUCCACGCGGAGAAUCGGCCGAGAGCCAGGAAUUCGACAGCCUUUGGUCGGCCUCCGCUAUCGCGAGCUUGCUCCCAUUGAUCAGCGUCCUGGCCCUUCUCGCGCUUAUUCCAGACGUGAAGCCGGGC